GGCUUAACUAUCGGAUAUAUCCGGCAUAUUCAUUUUUAUCAAGGAAUCCCCCAAAUAGCUAGCUGCUUCGGUGGUGUUUGCCUGUAAGCGGAACUCGAGACCUUCUUGUCUUGUCCGGAAAGAGCCAAGCAGUCUCGUGGCUCGGUUUUGUUUUCAGAUCAAUCGAUUUCCUCAUUAAUUUUGUUUUGUUGAAUCAUGGCGGCUACCAAUGUCAUUCGGCGAGAUGAGAGCCUUCUUUUGUCGUCGUCCCCUAUUGAUCCCCAUAGAGGUGCAGGAGAUACUAGGACUUGUGUUUCUCGUGCCCUCUCGCUUGAGAAGAAAAUUGAGGCCCUCGAGAGCCUGACGGGACAAGUUAGUAACCGGCGAUCUCGGAGGUGGCUAAAUGAUCGUAUUCUGAUGGAACUUGUUCCUCGUUUAGAUGCUGAAGAAAUCAGAGGCUUGUUUGCCCCACCACCAUGGGGUGAUGAUCACCCACCCUCUGCCUUUUCUUUGACUAAUGUUGGAGAAUGGGACAAAUUUAGAAACAUAGACAUGGACAAGGAGGCCAAUAUCAUGGAAUCUUUGAGCCGGUCAUCUGUAAGGCAGAAAGGUCGUGUGGAUGCUGAUAAAACCGCUGUCUUAAAUGCUUGGCGAAGAAUAGAUUGUAGAACAAGAGAGGCUCUUCGACGUAGCUUUUUACCAGAACUAAUCCAAGGAUAUGAGCAAUGCAUAAGUCACUUCAUCAAAGAUGGCGGUGAAGGAGAUGUUCUUGAGCUCAAGGUUCAAGAUCCAUUCCAUAGAUUGCUUCUGCACGGUGUUUGUGAGUACCACAAUUUAGUGUCUACAACUGCAACAGAACAAUUAGGAAGGAAAGCAACGAAAACAACGAGGAUCAAAUGGAAGAACAUUGACGAUUCAGGAGAGAAACCAAGCAUCAGUCUUGCGCAUUUCCUGAGGAUGUCAAAGGAAGGAGCUUGGUAACAUCACACAUACACUCCUUCCUUUGUAGCUGUAAUGUUUUCAUUACGAGUGAAUAAAAAAAAAGCUGCAAUUGGCCUCCUUUAGUCAGUUAAAAGGGCUCUUUAUGCAGCGAAAGGACUCUCUUUGCAUCUCUUCCUCUACUCUGGUCUUGUAAGCUUGUAUAAUUAUUGUAUUCUCUCAAUCUGUUACGCAAAAAUUGAAACCCUUUUUAUUGGAUGAUCAUAAUACUUCUCAAAAAUCGAAAUUCUUGAUCAA